AUGGCAAAAGGGGAACUUGGCCUCAGGGUCCUUGUACACCUGAAGGCCCGCUCUAGCUCCCUUCCGGUCCUCUCCCUUCGCACUCGUAUUCGCCCUUCACAAUGCAGCACCCAGGCCUCCUCCGCCGAGAAAGCUUCCCUGACUUCUCAGAACCUAAGUUCCCUGAGGGGAAAGACCACACCUAAUCUGCUCACUGUUGCAUCUUCAGUGCCUGGCUUGGUGCCUGAGGACCGAUGGGAUGCCUGGACUUGGAAGAAAAUAAGAGAACUCCAAGGGGCGGAAAAUGAAACUGAAACUGAAAACUGCAGCAGGAAUCCAGAGAACCAAGAGUGCAGCAGUCAACAACAGGAAGAUGAUCAAUAUGGAAUUUCCAAAGAGGAACAAAGUAAAAAAGCAAACAAAGGCAAGAUCUUACAUUUGAGGAAGACCAAAGAGAAGUAUCCAUCGUGUGGAACAGGGAUGUCUACCUUUCCCAAAGUCUUGUCUGUCACAGAGAGCUUUGCCAAAGUGAUCCACGGCUUGAAAGUGGGACACCUGACAGAUCGUGUUAUCCAGAGGAGCAAGAGGAUGAUUCUGGACACCCUGGGGGUUGGGUUCCUGGGAACCGGUACAGAAGUGUUCCGCAAAGCCAGGGAAUACAGUAAAAUCUAUACUUCUAAUGUAUCCAGCACUGUUUGGGGCCAGCCAGACUUCAGGCUCCCACCAACAUAUGCUGCUUUCCUUAACGGUGUGGCUAUUCACUCAAUGGAUUUUGAUGACACGUGGUACCCUGCCACCCACCCUUCUGGAGCUGUCCUUCCUGUCCUCAUGGCUUUAUCAGAAGCCUUGCCUCCAAGUUCAAAGUGUUCUGGCCUUGACCUGCUGCUGGCUUUCAACGUUGGUAUUGAAGUGCAAGGCCGAUUAAUGCACUUCUCCAAGGAAGCCAAGGACAUACCAAAGAGGUUCCAUCCCCCCUCAGUGGUGGGAACUUUGGGUAGUGCUGCUGCAGCAUCUAAAUUUUUGGGGCUCAGCAUGACAGAGUGCCAAGAGGCCCUGGCUAUUGCUGUUUCUCAUGCUGGGGCACCCAUGGCGAAUGCCGCCACUCAGACCAAGCCUCUUCACGUCGGCAAUGCUGCCAGGCAUGGGCUAGAAGCUGCUUUUCUGGCAAGGCUGGGUCUCCAGGGAAACAAACAGGUCUUGGACAUGGAGUCAGGGUUUGGGGCCUUCUAUGCCAACUAUGCCCCCAAUAUCCUUCCAGACGUAGAUUCACACACUUGGCUGCUGGACCAGCAGGAUGUGGCCUUCAAGCUUUUCCCUGCCCAUUUGGCCACGCACUGGGUGGCAGACGCAGCUGCAUCUGUGAGAAAACAUCUUGUAAGAGACAGAGCCCUGCUUCCCACUGACCACACGGAGAGAAUUGUGCUUAGAAUUCCAGAUGUCCGGUAUGUGAACAGGCCCUUCCCGGACGCGGAGCCUGAGGCCCGCCACUCCUUCCAGUAUGUGGCCUGCGCCACGCUGCUGGAUGGUGCCGUCACUGUCUCGUCAUUCCACAAACACCAGGUCAACAGGCCACGGGUAAGAGAGUUGCUCGGUAAGGUAGAGCUGGAGCACCCUCGGGACAACCUACCAAAUUUCAACACCCUCUACUGUGAGAUAAGUGUUGCCCUCAAGGAUGGUUCCCUCUUCACAGAGCGCUCUGAUACCUUCUACGGUCACUGGAGGAAGCCUCUGAGCCAGAAAGACCUACAGGAAAAGUUCAGAGCCAAUGCCUGCAGGAUGUUGUCCUGCCACACUGCAGAAAGGCUUAUAGAGAUAGUAGAAAACCUAGAAUACCUGGAAGACUGCUCCAUGUUAACUGCACUUCUGAAAGAACCCUCUCCACCAGAGAUGAUAGUUUCAAAAUCUCUCUAG